AUGGAAAAGUCCUGGAUGCUGUGGAACUUUGUUGAAAGAUGGCUAAUAGCCUUGGCUUCAUGGUCUUGGGCUCUCUGCCGUAUUUCUCUUUUACCUUUAAUAGUGACUUUUCAUCUGUAUGGAGGCAUUAUUUUACUUUUGUUAAUAUUCAUAUCAAUAGCAGGUAUUCUGUAUAAAUUCCAGGAUGUAUUGCUUUAUUUUCCAGAACAGCCAUCCUCUUCACGUCUUUAUGUUCCCAUGCCCACUGGCAUUCCACAUGAAAACAUUUUCAUCAGAACCAAAGAUGGAAUACGUCUGAAUCUUAUUUUGAUACGAUACACUGGAGACAAUUCACCCUAUUCCCCAACUAUAAUUUAUUUUCAUGGCAAUGCAGGCAACAUAGGUCACAGGUUGCCAAAUGCAUUACUUAUGUUGGUUAACCUCAAAGUUAACCUUUUGCUGGUUGAUUAUCGAGGAUAUGGAAAAAGUGAAGGAGAAGCAAGUGAAGAAGGACUCUACUUAGAUUCUGAAGCUGUGUUAGACUACGUGAUGACUAGACCUGACCUUGAUAAAACAAAAAUUUUUCUUUUUGGCCGUUCCUUGGGUGGAGCAGUGGCUAUUCAUUUGGCUUCUGAAAAUUCACAUAGGAUUUCAGCCAUUAUGGUGGAGAACACAUUUUUAAGCAUACCACAUAUGGCCAGCACUUUAUUUUCAUUCUUUCCGAUGCGUUACCUUCCUUUAUGGUGCUACAAAAAUAAAUUUUUGUCCUACAGAAAAAUCUCUCAGUGCAGAAUGCCUUCUCUUUUCAUCUCUGGACUCUCAGAUCAAUUAAUUCCACCAGUAAUGAUGAAACAACUUUAUGAACUCUCCCCAUCUCGGACUAAGAGAUUAGCCAUUUUUCCAGAUGGGACUCACAAUGACACAUGGCAGUGCCAAGGCUAUUUCACUGCACUUGAACAGUUCAUCAAAGAAGUCGUAAAGAGCCAUUCUCCUGAAGAAAUGGCAAAAACUUCAUCUAAUGUAACAAUUAUAUAAUGUUUCCCUUUUUGAUUAUUGCAUUGUAUUUUAAUUUGUGCAGAAUGAUAAAGAAUGUUCCUUUUAGAAGUAUUUUCUGUCUGUACCUGUCUGAAGAGUGACAUUAAACUUUGAAAGGACUUCACUGCUCCUUUAUGAUAUUCCAAAUAGUUUUUUACAUUGGAAAAACUAUAAUUCUUGGGAUUCUUUCAUACAUUUUCAUCAAAACUUUCAGUGUGAUUAUGUAUUCAUAUCUUUAGUUUAAUAUGUCAGUAUAAUAGAUAUUGUUCAAAAGUUUCUUGUUGCUAAAGUGGUGUAAUCUGUUACACAGAUGAAUAGCUAGAUGUGGAAAGAGAUGUAAACAAGAAACCUUUGGGUAUUAUUUCUUAAGUAAAUAUUGGGACAAUCAUGGUAAGCAAACUUAGUUCUGUAACUGCAUUUUUCACCUUAAAAGUUAAAUGAAAUGCAUGAUGGUAUUUUAUUCCUUGAAUUAUGCAAUGCAACAUUUUACAUGUAAAUAGCACUGGUCAUAUACUGAUGUAUAUGGUUAUCUGGGUUAUAUCUAUUUUUAUGUAAACUCUAUUUUGUUUUUGGCAAGAAGUGAAAUUGAGACUUAUGUGCAGGUUGCCAUUGAAUUUUGCUCUGGUGAAUGCUGAGAUCCAGCUUUUUCUUACAAAUAAAUGGGACCCUGUUUUCCAA